GCCAGGCCCUGCCUGAGAGCACCCCGAAACGCACACCAUGAAGCUCCCCGUCCUCCUCGCUCUGGUUCUCUUGUCCCUCCUGGCCUUCCACUCGGUCCAGGGAGCCGCUCUAGAAACUUCCAAGGAAGAAACCACUAUGGCCAAUUAUGAGGCGAGAUCGGAGGCUUUUAAUAACCAGUUCCUGAACCUCAACAAGAUGCAAUCUCUGCUGAAGAGUGAUGACUUCCUGAACUGGCAUGCUAUUAUGGAGGCAGUCAAAAGGGCAUUUCCCUUUUUUAACUGGGAGGCGUUUCCUAAGCUGAAGGGCCUGAGGAGUGCCACCCCGGAUGAACAGUGAGACCCCAGGACUUCCAGCCCCACCGCCGCCCCCUACGCUGGCCUCC